UAUGGCGGAAAAUUUUGAACAAAUUUCUUCUUUUAAAGUUCUCGACUCAAUUCAAGUCGAAAAGUACCGUUCCAAGAGAACAGACAUUAAGUUUUGCUUUGCUAAAGUUCCUGGGCCUUUGGUUAACGGUUUCCUUUGUCUCGCAACCGAGGCUCAUGAUGAUGAUGGUUUGCCACACACCUUGGAACACUUGGUAUUUAUGGGAAGUGAAAAAUAUCCUUUUAAGGGUAUGUUAGAUUUAUUUGCCAACAGAUGCUUGGCACAAGGAACCAAUGCGUGGACAUCCACUGAUCAUACAGCUUACACCAUGGAAACAGCAGGCAGUGAAGGCUUUCUGAACCUUCUUCCAAUCUACUUGGAUCAUGUGCUUUAUCCAACUCUAACUGAAUCAGCAUAUAUUACAGAGGUUCACCAUGUGAAUGGUGAAGGCGAAGAUGCAGGUGUUGUUUACUGUGAGAUGCAGGGAAGAGAAAACAUGGAGAUAUCAAGAACUUACUUGAAUUUUACGCGUGAGAUCUACCCUGGAGUCUGUGGUUAUAAGUCAGAGACAGGAGGAAUCAUGGAAAAUUUACGGACAAGUUGUAGUCACACUAAGGUCUGUAACUACCAUCAACAGUAUUACCGUCCAGAAAAUUUGUGUGUUAUCAUCACUGGACAGAUUGAUCCAAAUAAAGUCUUUGAGGCUGUCAAUCCCUUUGAAGAAAAAAUUAUUGGCAAGAAACCGCUAGCUCCAUAUGUAAGACCAUGGCAGACGCCAGUUCCACCGCUGGGUGAAUCUGUUGACAAAAUCAUCCCCUUCCCGACUGAGGAUGAAGAAUCCGGUUCUAUAAUGCUGGGUUUUCGAGGACCAUCUUGUGAAGAUCAUUACGGCCAGGCUGCAUUAUCUGUCAUUCUUGACUAUCUUUCAGACACAUCUAUAGCUCCACUGCAGCGGGAACUGGUUGAAAUUCCCGAUCCGUUUUGUAGUGAUAUUGACUGUGAUGUACUGGAGUUCUUAGAGAGUGCUUUUAUUAUCAGAGCUGAAAAUGUUUCAUUUGACAAGCUCUCUGCCGCCAAAGAAAAGGUAAAAGAGGUUCUUGGAAAUCUCGCAGAAGGUAGAGAAGUCAUCGACAUGGAUCGUCUUAAUGUAGUUAUCCAUCGAAAAAUUCUAGACACCAAGAACAGGUUUGAAAACCGCCCUCAUGACACGUUUGCGGAUGUCCUAGUUAGAGAUUUCCUUUACUCCAGCAAGUCAGAAGAUCUUAAAGAAAGGAUGGAAAUAAUUCAACGUUUGGAAAAGCUUCGGCAAGAAUCGGUGACCUUCUGGGUGGAUUUUUUAAAGAAAUACUUCAUUUCAUCACGAAGCGUUUCGAUUACAGGAAAACCAAGCGCGCAACUAAUGAAAGAAAUGUCAGAAGGAGAAAAGAAACGAGUGGCUGAACAGCGGGAAUCUCUUGGUGAGGAAGGAUUGAAAAGGAAACGGCAGAGGCUGGAAAAGGCGACAGACGAGAACGAGGUAGCUCCCCCUCCGGAUAUAGUGAACAGUCUCCCUGUGCCUUCCACAUCCAGUAUCAGUUUCCAUCCAAUCAAGAUGUUCAGUAACAGGCGGCAAGAUGGCUGCGAUGAUUCUGAGAGUGAAGCAAAGAAGUUUCCUGUAUCGGAGAUACCAUAUUCGUUCCAGCUGGACCACGUAUCCACAUUGUUUGCAAAGCUUACCGUUUUACUUGAUACAGCAGUCGUACCAGAGGAACUCAAACCUUACCUGAGCUUGUACCUAGAAGUGAUAUUCGAGUCCCCUUUGUUGAGAGACGGAGUUCUUAUUCCGCAUGAGAAAGUGGUAGCGGAGCUUGCUGCAGACACUCUUGAUCACGUGUCUUCUCUAGGACUGAAAGGAAGCAGAUUCACGCCAGAAGAGUUCCCACAACUUGCUUGCAUUACUCUAAAGCUUGAAGUCGAGAAGUAUGAGAAGGGAAUCCACUGGCUACAAGAUUUGCUGUACAAGGCUCAGUUCACGAAAGAUAGGCUCGAGAUUGUGGGAAAAAAGAUGAUGAAUGAUGUGGCGAGCAAGAAGAGAGAAAUGCGACCUGUGACUAAAGCUCUAAUAAGAGACAUUGUGUUUACUAAAGAAAGUAAUAUGUAUUCAGCCAACAUGGUGAGGCAGUACAGUUUCCUGAACCAGUUGAUUUCUGACCUUGAAAAUGAUGCAUCCAAG